CGUUGUGAUAUGAUUUGAGCGAUAGUCCACUGAAAUGUUGAAUUUUCUCGUUUUAGGAACAAAACCGGCGAAAGCAACAAAGACGAGACCAACAGCGAGAAAUCAAUUUGACAGUGGACCGUACCAAAGCACCAAUUCUAGGGGUGUGUUGAACACAGGAUGGACACAGACAUUUGUCAACCAGCUGAUUUUAAGGAUGCCAGCAGGUGUAUCGUGGCCAAGAUAUCUAAAGAUGUUUGGAGCCAGUGUAUUGUCAAUGUUUGCCGGCGCACAGGUUGUGCAUCAGUAUUACCGUCCUGAUUUAACCAUUCCAGAAGUUCCACCAAAACCUGGAGAACUGCGAACAGAACUUUUUGGCUUGAAAGAAAGAGAAACAGACUCAGCGACUCCGAAACAAUGACUCAUUGAUUUGUUUUCUGUAACUAAUGUGUAUAGAUACACAUUUAUGUGAUAAGAAAAUUUUUUUCAAAGCCUAAUUAAAAUGAUACAAAAUUAUUUUAUUCUGUGAAUAAAGCUAUUUAUACAAACA